UAUUACUCAAACAAAUUUUACUUAGUAUUUUAAGCUAUUAAUGUUAUUGUAAGCUGUCUUAGUUAGUUUAAUCCACACUAAUUACCUUUCGGCCCAACACAAUGAGUUUGUGGGUGGAUAAACAUCGUCCAAGAGAUUUGACGAAAUUAGAUUUUCAUAAAGACCAGGCCGUUCGCUUAAAAAAUCUAGUGCAACAAAGCGAUUUCCCACAUUUACUCGUUUACGGCCCUUCUGGAGCUGGUAAAAAGACUCGAAUUAUGUGUUUAUUGCGGGAACUAUACGGUUCAGGUGUAGAGAGGUUAAGGCAAGAAACCAUGACUUUUACUACUCCAUCUAAUAAGAAGCUUGAAAUAAUGACUGUAAGUAGCAAUUACCAUAUCGAAGUUAACCCUACAGACGUCGGAAUUUAUGAUCGAGUCGUAAUUAUGGACUUGGUCAAGAAUGUUGCACAAACUCAUCAGAUAGAUUCUUCAGGGCAAAGAGAAUUCAAAGUUGUGAUCUUAAACGAAGUCGAUGACCUUACCAAGGAUGCUCAGCAUGCCUUGCGCCGAACAAUGGAGAAGUACGUGUCCACUUGCCGCCUUAUUUUGAUAGCGAACUCGAUCUCGCGUGUGAUACCCGCUAUUAGAUCGCGAUGUCUGACUAUUCGGGUUCCUGCGCCUACAGAGAAAGAGAUUGCUUCAGUGCUGCACAAUGUCUGCAAGAAAGAGGGCUUGAAUCUGCCAUCAGAGCUUGGUUUACGUAUCGCUAAAGCAGCUGAUAGGAAUAUCCGAAGGGCUCUGCUUAUGUGUGAAGCAUGUAAAGUUCAACAAUACCCAUUCACUCCAGAUCAAAAAGUUCCUGAACCUGACUGGCAAGUGUUUAUAAGAGAAACGGCCUCAAUGAUUCUGUCCGAACAGUCUCCAAAGAAGUUAGGAGAGGUGCGCCAGAAGUUGUACGAAUUAAUAAUACAUGGUGUGCCACCAGAUAUGAUUUUUGGUGGACUUUUGAAGGAAUUGGUUCGGAAUUGUGAUAUGGCGAUGAAGUGUCAAGUAGCAAGUCAUGCAGCCAAGUUUGAACAUAGAAUGCGUCUCGGUAACAAACCAAUAUUUCACUUGGAGGCUUUUGUUGCUAAAUUUAUGGCAAUUUAUAAAAAGUUUGUUGAGGAAUCUAUGGGAGAUAUGUUUUAAACAACAACUUGACACAGUUCUUUAUUUUUGUAAUUUACUAAAUUAAAUUUUUACUACAUGUGGAA